GAUGAAUGGUGACAUUGUGGCAGUAUAGUAAUGUAACACUUGCCUCCCAAGCCAUACAUUUAAAAGCAUAAUUUGAUUUGAUCGAUUGUGCGUUGAGGUUAUUUUUAUUUGUUGUGGAAUUUAUUGGAUUGUUGUUAUGUUGAAAUAAAGUUGUGAACUAAAACCAUGUCUGAUAUAGAAGAACCGCCAAGUAAAGUGUUGAAGUUGGAGAUUUCAGGAGCCGAGAGUGUCGAUGGCGUUGACGGUGCUGAUGGUGUCGAGGAGCACCUGGACCCAGAGGAAGAAGAGGACAACAUGGAGGAGGGGCAGGAGGAGUGGCUCAGUGAAGGUGUGCUAACAGACGAUGACUACAACCCUGGGCAGGGCGAGCAGGAAGCGAUGGAGGCGCAUCCACCAGAGAUGCUGGAAGAAAGUCGGACGGCAGACGACGCGACGCCCAGCCUGGAGUCCUCCACGGAGCAGGUGGAGCGGCUCGAGGCGCUGGACCCGGCCGACACGCACGACUGGCUCGAACACACAACCAACGCGCAACACGGUAUGAAAGAUGACAGCAGCCAGGGUGAAGUGCAGCAAAAAGUCCAGGUGAACGGCAAGGGGCAGGAGAGUCAGAGCCAGGACUCCAUCAAGAAAGAGGAACAGGACAUGGAAGACACCCUGAACGACCUGGAUCGCAGAUACGAGCUGCCCGAGGAUUUGGACGCUUUCCUUAUCAGAAAGAGCGAUGGUCAAGUGGUCGAUAAAAAUAUAAAAACUCAAGAGGAGCCGGCGACUGCGCCCGCGCCCGCCGGCGACGACGGCAACGACACCGACGACCUGCUCAGGAUGCUCGGCGAAGAAGACAGCAAAGUGAAGAAAAAGAUGUUGGUGAAGAAGAGCGGCGCGGUGCAAAACGAUAUGCUCUCGAGCGACGACGAGUUCACUUACGAGGACACGAAGGUGAAGACACUGAAGGUGGCCAAGAGUGUGCUGAUGAAGAAGCGACCCGCGACCAAGGCGGUGCCCGAGGCCAUGAGCGACGACUCCACCGACGCGUCUUCGGACGAGGCGGCGACCGUGAAGAAGAUGUUCGCCGUCGCGCCGAAGAAGUCCGCCGGCUCGAACAGCGCCGGCCGGACGCUGCCGUCCGCGGCGGCGAAGCCUCCGGAAAAGCCGGCACCGGCUAGCAACACCGGCAAGCCGACAGCGCCGGCGCCGCCCAAACAGUACGUCAACAAGAACCUGCAGUCGAAGCCGUCGCCGCGGCCCUUCGCCCCCUCGCCCUCCGCCCCCGCAGCCAUCACCAACAACUCUUCCGAUCGCAAAUCACAACCAGUCAAAAUGGAUACAGCAACCAAACCAAAGCCGGAGUUGAAAUCGAAGCCCUUGGAGAAGUCGGACAGCGCGCGCGACUCCGACGUCAAGAUGGAGGUGAUCGCGGACGCGCGCCGCUCCGCCCGACACCACGACGAGAUCAUCGAUGAGGAGGAGUUCCUCGAGGAGGAGGAGGACUACGACCUCGACGAGGAGGAGUUCGCCGAGGAGUCGGAGUCGGAGCCGAACCGCAACCAGCGCAUCAUGCGGCCCGAGCGCAUGGACGAGGAGCUGCCCAGCGACGCCGAGAGCCACACCGAGGACGGCAGCCUCUACGACGAGAUCCCGUCGUCGGACUCUGAGGACCUGGAUGACUGGUUCUCGCUGGACGUGAGGGCUGAGAGGGCCGGCGACUACCUGCCGCUACUCGGGUCGAAGGCGCGCACGCUGCUGCUGGAGGAGAAGCGGCGCGUGUCGGCGCGCCUCAGCACGCUGCGCCAGAGCCUGUCCGCGCUCACCGACAGCGGCCGGCGCCAGGCCGAGCAGCUGCGCCGCGCCACCAUGACCCUCGCGGAGCUCGACGACAUGCUCAAGGCCACCUGACUGCACACCAUAGACCUGUCGACCGGCGAGUAAUCUCUCGCCAGUCGACCCCCCUCUGUCUACCAUCAGGGGUAUACACACUUACUUCGCUGUCACCUGACUGAUAUGUUGCAAUGCUCGGGCUGACUCAUGCUACUGCUGCAAGACUUCACUGACGACCUGAAGGACUUCGGUCACUCGCAUGAUUAAUAAUGAUGCUGUAACAGUCCUGUAAUACAGUAUGGAAGGUUAGUCGAGGGAUCUGUUUAAAGGAGGGUAUUCAGUGUUCGACUCUCGUGCGAAAUAUGUAUGAAAUAUAGGAGCUAUUUUGCGGGAAUUUUAGCAUUUACGCUUUCCUAGGCCUGGUCUGAAAUAUGGAGGUAAAACGGAACACAUUUAUAUAAAACGGCCAAUAAUAUAUGUCAAAGAAGUCAUUACCAUACCCAUCCUUCCCCCCUCACUUCCUUCUCACAGCCCCAUCCCCCCCUUAGGGACCCCUGCUGUCAUUAAACCAGAAGAUUCCAGGAUCCCAUUCACAAGUUUCUCUUGGUGUUGAAUGCUCGGGUCCAGGCCUCCGCAGUCAACAAGCUAGAGGCCUCCAGCAUGCCAAUCGCAAGGUUACCUCAGUGACUACUGCGGAAUAGCCUACCAAAAAAAGUAGCUACCAUAAAGGUUCCUUCAGGUUGGGGCUCAUUUACGAAUUUGUUUUUUAGGUAUACUUUUUCAUUUAUCAUUAUUUUUUGGACUGUCUCGGUGGCGUUGUUGUACUGCAUGCGCGGUACGGUAGCGCUCUGAGGUCCUGGGUUCGAAUCACGAGUCAGGCAAGGUGAUAUCGUUGGGUUUUUCUGCUCAAUAUCAGCCCGGAGUCUAGAAUUUGUGCUCGAUAUGGCAAUCGGCUCGCCCCCUAUCACAUCAUGGGACGGAACACACUUGGCGAAAAGUGGGUGCCGUGGUUGCGCCUCUGCGUACCUCUUCGGGGAUAAAUGCUUGAUUAAUGUAUUAUUUUUUUUGCGUAUAUGUUUACGUGCAAGCAUAAACUGCUAUGUGUUGAAGAUUCCUCGGCUAUCAAUACAUACUGUCGCACUCUUAAUAAAAUAAUGACCCAUUCCAAAAUUGCCAAUUUAUGGGAAUCGUCAAACAACCAAUUUCUGUUUGCGACCUUUUAGUUUUUUCACGUUUUUUUUUUUCAUGUUAUAGUGUUCAUUUUUACCCAUCUUUAAUAAGCUCAAUUUUAUAGGAACUUCAAAAAAAAAGUAGCAAACAAAAAUUUGUUGUCCGACGACUGCCACAAAUUAUCAACUUUGAAAUAGGUCAUUAUUUUAUUAAGAGUGCGCUGUAUACUAUCACACUGCUCGACACGAGCCUCUUCUACGAGUGGUUAGGCCUUAGUCCACCACGCUGAUCUAGUGCAGGUUGGUAGACUUCACAUACCUUCGAAAUUCUUAUGAAGAAUUCAUAGGUAUGUAGGAUUCACUGUUACAUAUGAAGGGAGAAAUGUUAUUCGAUGGUUAAAAUAUAAAUAUCAAUUACCUCGAAAUAUAAAUUAAAUUAAUUUUUGAUAACACUUAAUAGUUUUGAAAUGGAUAAUGAUAUUUAUAUUUUCACUUUACUUAAAACCGUCAUACUCCAACUAGAUCAUUUUGCAGAUGAGAUAUUUUUCUUGGGGACCGUCUUGUUGUUUUUGAAAAGUACGCAUUAACUUCACUUUGUUUAUUAUAGACGGGCAUUUAAACAUUGCGUUACUAAAUGAAACCACAUAAUUAUCUUCUUGAAAAUAACACUUUACAAUAAGAAUACACGCACUGUAGUUGUAAAACAAAAGAGUAAGUUACGCACAAAAUAAUGUCGAUAAGAAGUGAUUGUAGUUUUACACUAAUGCCACUAUUCUAAGAGAAUUCGUCGCAGCGACAUCACACUUUCAGUCAGAAAUACAUGCACACACCAAAGCACUAAACUACAACAUAAUAAAAAAGUCAGAAAAGUAAAACCGAAAUUCAUGGUGAUAAUAUUCGUUAUUUAUGGAUGAUAUUUGGCACAAUGUUAGCAGAGGUAAAGACGAGUAUAUGGUUUGCUAACGUAACGGCUAAAGGACCUUGUAUAUAACCUUACCAGGAAAACAAAGACAUGUUGGCGCCGUUUUAAACCUAAUAUUCUCAAUACAAGUUCUAUAUUUUAUCACAAUGGCGCGCUAUUUUAUUUUGCUGGUCAGACUAUAGUGCAAGUUUUUUUUAUAUAUUCAGUAGACUGAGCUAAGAGAUAGCCUUAACGGCAUAUCCUGUAUAUAAAGGCGGCAGUUUCCUAUUUUGGACAGUACUCGGUAAUAUACACAUCUAACUGUGGAACAUGGAGUUUCGGCUAGUAACAAAACUUUACACAGAUGAUGCUUACGAACAUAACUGGUGGUAAUUCUUCCAUAUGUGAGAGUCCGCCUGGAUAGGUACUACCGGUGUCUAUUUCUGCCGCCAAGCAGCAGUGUGUAGUCACUGUUGUGUUCCGGUUUAAAAGACAUUGUAAUCAGUGUAACUACUGGACAUAAUGAGACUUAUCAUCUCAUGUCUCAGGAUGGCGAGCGCAGUGGAAUACCAAACAAUACUUUGUAAUUCAAAGUGUUGGAUGGUGUUUCUGCUAUUUAUAGGCGGUCAUAUCGCUUACUAUCAGGCGAACGGUGAGCUCUUCUCGACUUUCAAAGCAAUAAAAAAACUGGUAUCUCUUUCUGAAAACAAUGUGCUAUAUUUAUUGCCGAGUAUCUUUAGUUCUAUGUGUAAUUUUCACUGCAGAGUACUGUAUAGAAUGUUGCUUGAUAUAAAAAUUAUAUAUAAGCUAUUGUCACUAUACUUAAGAGUUAUUGUUAUAUUUUAAGAAAUAAAAGCGAUUAUAAUUAAUAUUUGUAGUUCCUUAUGUUGGCUAUCAGUAGCUGACAUUUGUAAUGUUGCAUUAGAUUCCUCGGAGCUCGCAUGCGGACUGUAUUUUAUUCAGGGAAUGAAGGGACAAAAAAUAAAUGUAGGUUCCGGAAACAGGAUAUAGUUAACUCCUUUAUUAAAUUAUAUUUUUGCUGUACACCUUCUGCUGGAUUCCCGAGACCCGCCAUCUUGCGGUUAUUAUAUUUUAACCAGCCAAUCAACAAAGGAAGCCUAAACAUUCAGCCUACAAGUCUACCGUCCUGUCAAUCUGGCCGCAGACUAUAAAAUGUAAUAAUAUCGUAUUCAAAAAAAUACUUUAGAAUUAAACUAACAUCAUAACAUCUUAAUAGUAAAUAUGUAACUACUUAUUAGAGUUACAAGUUAUAAAGGUCAUUUCAUCCACGAAGACUCGCCCCACCACUUUUUAAGCGGGUUGUCGCGGGGUAAGCGCCUGGUCCAAGCUCCUACCUCGACGUUAUCUAUCGUAGUGUGCGUGUGCACUCAUGCUGCUCACGGACACUGUAAGUACAUUGUCACGGGUUAGACUGAGGUGUUGCUUGUCCAAAAAGUCAAAGUUACAACAUCUAUCUACAUUUUACAAUCAUAUAAUUAUUUUUAUAUUUGCUUUUGUCGGUCCGAUCUACGCAGAAUGAGCUGUGUCAAGAAGUCAAAAAAUAUAUUGUAUGUUUAAAGUUUAGACAAAAUAAAAAUGAACUAUGCAUAAUAUAGUUUUAUACUAGUUUUGGUGGCGUAUUGCGUGCGCUGUUCGACACCGCUCUGAGGAUCUGAGUCUAAAUCCCAGGUCCGUCAAUGAUAUUUGGGUUUCCUAUUUAGUGUCAUCAUCUCGCAAUCUGUUAAUAUACUGAUGCGCUAAAAUGCGCUUUAAGAACAUGUAAAUCAAAAUAUGAAUGAAUUAUUUUACAUUGGGGUUUUGUUAUUUCAUGUAGAUAGUAACCAUCGCAUGAGCGCAAAAUUUUUGUAUGACAAUCUUUCCAAUGUCCACGCUAUAUAAUCUUAGAUCCUCUCUUAGAACUCUGGUUGUACUAUUUGAUGACUUGGAUUUACUGUACAGUGAGUUUGUAUUUUAGCUAUGAAAUGUGUAAAUAUUAAUUCAAAUAAAUUAGUUUUAAGUAAA